AUGUCCUCUCAAAGCUUGCCAGAAUACGAACCAGCAGCUUGUCUAUCGGUACCUGAUAAACAAUUUUUUGUGGUUGAAUAUCCAGGUCGCGUCAAAAAUAUUGAUAAAGUUCUAAAAACACUGGGAGGACAAAGAGGACUUAACAGAGCAAUAAAUGAAAAUCUGGUCGAAUUGCGAUAUCGCGUAAAUGAUCCCUUUUGUCAUCCAAUUAAUGGUGAUAUUGUUCCUACCGCGAAUUUCUUGGUAAAAGUGACUCGUAGGCGAAAAAAACAAAAGAAAAAUGAGGAUCGUCAAAGUGAAAGUGACAUAACCGAUGAAAGUAAUAUUAAAUAUGAAAUCAAGGGUAUUAUUUCAAAGACCUGUCGCUUUCGAGGAAUGGCGGAUUUUCAGUACAUUGUAAAUUCGGACAAUCCAAUUCGUAAUUUUCGGAAAUCGCUUGAAAGAUUUGAUGUUCAAGAGAUAGAAAAGUUUGAUUAUAAAACGGAAAACGAAAAAAUUAAACCCCCUCUUAAUUUGCCUCCACCUUCAUUCUCAAGAGCCGAAUGUCCAAUGGAUUACGGUUAUCAGCAAAAUACCGCAGUGAUCAAAGUAUUGAUUCAGAAAGAUGCCAAUCAGGAGCCAAUGUUAAAACUGAUCAAUCGUAGCCGUCGAUAUAAAUUUCUCGCGAUUUCCAUCUCUUUCGAUGCAAGAAACGUCCCAGAUAAACCUCCACCUGAUGUGGUAAAAUACAUGCAAAAAUUGCCUCAUGAAAGUCGUGAUCAAGUAAAAAAACUUUUUGAGAGCCGCCCGAUAUGGACUAAGCUCGCAUUGCAAUCCAAUUUAAUCGUGGAUAAAAAAAUGAUCAAAAAAUUAUUACCGUUGUAUGCAUAUUGGAUGGUAAAUGGACCAUGGCGAGAUUGUUGGAUACGAUAUGGUUACGACCCACGAAAAGACAAGAACGCUAGAUUUUUACAGCUUCUUGAUAUUCGUAACAAUAGGCGACCGGUGAGAAUAGAACGGGCAAAACGUGUUUUGCGUGGACAAUCAGAUUAUGUAGUAGAUACCAUCGAGGAAUCAACGACUAUCAAUAACGAAUCUGAAAACUCGACUUCCCUAUAUAAACACCUCUUUGACGGAAAAACAAAACCCCGUGACGUGGCUGUUUAUCAAAUGUGCGACAUUGAAGACCCACUCCUUAAAUCUUUAAUUGAAUCCCCGGAUGGAGUUGAAGAAAUAUGUCACAAAUCAUAUGGAUUCUAUAAAAGAUCUCACGUAGAAAAAAUGCGCAAAGUUUUGCGGCGUAAAGUGGCCGCAUUAGAAAAUGGUGUAACAUUAGCUGACGAUGAAUUUAAAGAUUUAUUGGAAAAUGAGGAUGAUGAGAAUGACGAGGUUGAGGACGAAAAUGAUGAGAACAUGAGACUAGAAUCGGAUAAUGAUAAAUCCAAAGAGAAACAAAUAGAAAAUAGGCACGCAGAAACACAAUCCAGUCAAAAUAAUGGAGAAAUUCUGCGAGAGGAUGAUGAUGAACUUUAUCAGUUUGAGAACCUUGAGGAAUUCGAAAAU